AUGACAGAGGAUAUUGCUUUUCCAGUUGGAUUUGCUUGGGGUGUAGCUACAGCAGCAUAUCAAAUUGAAGAAGUCUGGAAUGCAGAUGGAAAGGGCCCCAAUGUCUGGGACACAUUCACCCAUCAGGGAGGAGAUCGAGUUUUCAAGAACCAGACUGGUGAUGUAGCUUGUGGCAGCUACACUCUGUGGGAAGAAGAUUUGAAAUGUAUCAAACAGCUUGGAUUGACUCAUUAUCGCUUUUCUCUUUCCUGGUCACGUCUGUUACCUGAUGGGACGACAGGUUUCAUCAACCAGAAAGGAGUCUAUUAUUACAUUAAAAUCAUUAACAACCUCAGAAAUGGCAUCCUCUUACUGUAUCACUUUGGCUUACCUCAGUCCUUAGAAGAUGAAGGUGGCUAAAGAUCUGAAAAUAUCAUUGAGACCUUUGAUAUUCAUGCAAAGUAUUGCUUCAGAACAUUUGGAGAGUGAGUGAUCAUUAUUAAUGAGCCUUAUGUUGUUGCUAUAGGUGGUUGCGAAAAAGGGCUUCUGGAAUUCACUAAAGAAUCAAAACUUAUGAUCAUGGGUAUUGCUGACUUCUUUGCCCUGAACUGUUAAACUUAAGACCAAGAAAAUGCAGACAAGGGGAUAAGUAUUUCAAUGAACUGUGAAGCUGAGAAAAUGGAUCCUUCUUGGCGUUGCAACUGGGAGUUUAUACCUGCCAUAGUACCAUAGGCAGUAAGGCUUUCCUGGCAUGCAUCUACUCCUGGCAAUGGGAUGUGUGGUGACUGCCAGUACCAAGGGGAUACAUAUAAUAACCCUAUAAUUUACAUCACUGAGAAUGGGUUUUCCCAAAGUGACCCUGCUCCACUUGAUGACAGUCAACGAUGGGAGUAUUUCAGGCUGAUUUUACAGGAAAUUUUAAAAG